GGCUUUGAAACGGAGCUCACCACCGCCCCCUAGAGUCGGGAACGACUAGCACAUAUGCAAGGGGAACCUUUACUUCCAUUAAAGCGAACACGACUUCGCCUGAUGCUUUUCUUUAAAGGCAGCAUCCCACCCCCGGCUCUUCCCUCCUCCCGAUACGCGUAAUCUCCUAGCCCUGGCAAGGAGGACACGCUGCUUUCCCGCCUCAAACGAUAGGGAGCGCCGGCCGCUAUCGAGACCAACGGCUCCUCCACCUUUGGGGACAGUGGGAGGGGACAGAAUAAACCGCCGCACGAGAGCUCGAAGCCAUCUCCACCUCAGGUAGCCCCUCCUCUCCCCUGGCCCAGCCCCGCCUUAUUUAGGCGGAGUGGGGGGGGGAAGAGAGAUGGAGGGGGCCGCGACAGGCGUAAUGCUGGGAAGAGGAAGCAGGCGAACGCUCCCAGGCGGCAACAGCGGAGAGAAGAGUGCCUGGAGAGGUCACGAACUCUGACCUUUCGCCAAAAGGCACUCGCUUUCCCCUCCCCCCCACCAACAUUCCUCCUGUCCCCCACCCCCGCUCCUACGCUAACCCCUUCGGUGCCGCUAUCUCCGCCUUCCGCUCCCCCCCUUGGCGGAAGGCGGCGGCCGCGAGGGGGGGGCUAACGAACCAGGCCCAGCGAACCGUUACGAGGAAGCCACAGCCAAGCUAGCUUGGUGCCAAAUCCUGAGGUCCAAACUGUCCAGUCAACCUUAUCUGAAACUCCAGUGAUGACCAGCCCUUCCCAGCGCAUCCAGAUAAUCUCCACAGAUUCCACUGUAUCAUCACCGCAACGUAUUCAGAUUGUCACAGAUCAGCAAACAGGGCAGAAAAUUCAAAUAGUGACAGCAGUGGAUUCAUCAGUAUCCCCAAAGCAGCAAUUUAUACUUGCUAGUCCAGAUGGUACUGGAACAGGGAAAGUAAUACUAGCUGCACCUGAGACUUCUAAUACCAAGCAACUUAUUUUUACUACCACAGAUAAUAUUGUGCCAGGCAGAAUACAGAUUGUCACUGACUCUGCCUCUGUGGAACGUUUAUUAGCUAAAACUGAUGUCCAGCGGCCACAGGUAGUAGAGUACUGUGUUGUCUGUGGAGACAAAGCAUCAGGUCGUCAUUAUGGUGCUGUCAGUUGUGAAGGAUGCAAAGGCUUUUUUAAAAGAAGUGUGAGAAAAAAUCUGACCUAUAGUUGCCGUAGCAACCAGGAUUGUAUCAUCAAUAAACACCACAGGAAUCGUUGCCAGUUUUGUCGGCUCAAAAAAUGCCUUGAGAUGGGAAUGAAAAUGGAAUCUGUACAGAGUGAAAGAAAACCUUUUGAUGUACAGCGUGAGAAACCAACCAACUGUGCUGCUUCAACAGAAAAAAUAUAUAUUAGAAAGGACUUAAGAAGUCCUCUGAUAGCAACCCCAACAUUUGUUGCAGAUAAAGAUGGGGCUAGAUCAGCCAGUCUUCUUGAUUCAGGGAUGCUUGUAAAUAUUCAGCAGCCUUUAAUACGGGAGGAUGGUACAGUGCUACUUGCUACAGAUCCCAAGGCUGAGACAAGCCAAGGUGCUUUGGGAACACUAGCAAAUGUUGUAACAUCACUUGCAAGCCUUAACGAAUCUCUUAAUAAUGGAGAUACUUCAGAAAUUCCACAAGAAGACCAAUCUGCAAGUGAGAUUACUAGGGCAUUUGAUACUUUGGCUAAAGCACUUAAUACUACAGAUGGUGCCACAGCACAGAAUCUAGCCGAUGGGAUGGAUCCUGCAGGUGGUGGAAAUAUUCAUGUCAUCAGCAGGGAUCAGUCCACUCCAAUAAUUGAAGUUGAAGGACCUCUCCUUACAGAUACUCAUGUGACAUUUAAGUUAACCAUGCCUAGCCCAAUGCCAGAGUAUCUGAAUGUGCAUUACAUUUGUGAGUCUGCAUCACGAUUACUUUUUCUUUCCAUGCAUUGGGCCAGGUCCAUUCCUGCUUUUCAAGCGCUAGGGCAAGACUGUAAUACAAGCCUUGUGCGUGCCUGUUGGAAUGAGCUCUUUACUCUAGGCCUAGCCCAGUGUGCACAGGUGAUGAGCUUGUCAACCAUCUUAGCAGCAAUUGUCAACCAUUUGCAGAACAGCAUACAGGAAGAUAAACUUUCUGGAGAUCGAAUAAAACAAGUGAUGGAGCAUAUUUGGAAACUCCAGGAGUUUUGUAACAGUAUGGCUAAACUUGAUAUUGAUGGAUAUGAAUAUGCUUAUCUUAAAGCUAUAGUCCUCUUUAGUCCUGAUCACCCUGGUCUUACAAGCUCCAGCCAAAUCGAGAAAUUCCAGGAGAAAGCUCAAAUGGAGUUGCAAGACUAUAUUCAAAAAACUUAUCCAGAAGAUACUUACAGGCUAGCUCGAGUUCUAGUUCGCCUGCCAGCUCUUAGACUGAUGAGUUCCAGCAUUACGGAAGAGCUCUUUUUUACUGGCCUCAUUGGAAAUGUUCCAAUUGACAGCAUCAUCCCCUACAUCCUGAAGAUGGAAACAGCAGAGUACAAUGGUCAAAUAACAGGAUCGUCUUCUUAGAAGGAAUCAGCUCAUCCUGGUGGACCUGAAUGCUAAUUUACUGAUUUCUUGGGAUAAGGUGUACAAAUGUUUUCAACACUUUUUAUUUUCUUGUUAACAAUUCUUUUUUUCAAAAGCAAGGUUUUUAAAAAACCUACAGUACUUUUUUCUAGGACCUGUUUCUGUCAGAACAAAUAUUUGAAUUUCUUCUGAAAGGCUACAAUGAGUUUACAACAUUCUUUUGAGCAAACAGAGGGCUUUGCUGGAAAUGUGCUUUGAAUUCAGUCUAUAUUGUGUGCAUACAUGCUCACUCACAUACAUGCAGAUAAUUUAAAAUUAGCAAGAUAUAGGAAUGGUCAGCACUUCCAAAGAAUGUUUUAUGAAAGUAAGACAUUACCUUCAUAAUCCUGAUUCCUUGAAUAGGGUAAAUGAAUAGCAUUUUAAUUACAGAUGCAUACUAAUGAAUUCUAUGAAAACUUACAGCCAUGGCAGACAAUCAUUUAUGCUACAAAAAAUUAAUUGCAUUUGUUUAUUAAUAACACAAUUCUUUUAAGGAUGUCUGAAUUCAAUUCUGCUAAAUGAAUAGAAGUGUUUAUAGCAUAGGAAAAGCAUAAUGUUUAUGGCUCAAUGGUAAACUUUGAUGGUCUCUAUAGAAGUUAUUUACACCAAAAAAUAGCACACUACUUAUAGUGAGGCACUUCUGAGAAAGUUAAGAUGUUUUGUUUGUUUGCAAAUAGUUUUUUUUAAAAAAAACUGGGACACAUCCAUCAGUUUAAGUAAGAAUGGCAUGCCUUUUAUAGAUAGAUCAACUUAAAAAACAAAUUUUAUACUCAUUCCUUCUGAGAAUGACUCAUUGCUUCUGGGAAGACUGACUUUGGCACAGUUUUGAGAUCACUAAAUUAGUGAGGAAUCUAUUGACUAUUGAGAUGUUGCUUCUCUCUGGCAAAGGAGUCCUGCAAUCAGUUUGGAGCACUCCAGUAACAAAGUGGUUCAACGUUCCUAAUGAUCUGCCAAAGCAAUCUUAGAAAGGCAGGAUGAAAGCAAGAAGGAACUGUAAUAGCAGCUGUAAAAGAGAAUACACAUAGGCUAACUUCUGGGCUUUUGGUAUGUGUUUGGCGAUAUGGCAGAGGGUUCGGCUACAACAGAUUCUGGGUUUUGCCUAGUCUCACCUCAUCAGAGAAUGGUAUGACAUCAUAGCGGGGAAGCUUCUUAUAGUUCCUGCAAUAGUAUUCCAUGGAACCAUAAAGUUGCAUCCUAAUAAUUCAGAUUCUGAUUCAUUCAUUUUCUCAGCCUGCAAUCCAACUUACGUUCUGAAACAUGCCAUAAUUUCUAUAGAAAUGAUGUCCUUAGUAUAGAAAACAGAAUAGCCAUGUAUUUAUUUAUAUUAUGUUGUAUCUGUUUUCCCAAUAUUGUAUAUGUUCUGGAAUUAUUCAGAAUCUGAUAAGAAACCACCUGGAGUCAUGGUACUAAAAAUGCCAUGUAUAAUUAUCUGUCAAAAUAUUAAGGCUGGCCAAUUCUACUCAUAUCCAGCACUGCUUUUAGAUUUAAUAUUAUAUUGUACAAUACUUUUGUAUUUCAAAUCAUAGUUGUAAUUUUUAUUUCAUACAUGAUACAUGUGUAUCACUUUUUUCAAAUUGACUUAUAUGAAAACAUAUUUCAACAAGUAUGUCAUUUAUACUCAUUGUUAAGUAUGUGGGUGGUUUCAGUGAGCAUUUUAGUAGAGGCAUUUUAUAACGAGUAUUUUAUAGAUGUUAAUAGAUGCAGGUACCAAUGAAGAAUAUGAACGGUUAGUACAAUUUAAUAGAUGAUCAGAGAAAUACAUUACAUAAAUAAUGUAGUCUUACAGGUCUCUUUCCUCAGAAAAUAUCACUGAACUCAGUGGUGCUUACUUCCAGUAUGUGUUUAUAUUGCAUAAUUAUAAUUCAUUCAACAAAUUCCUAGGUAUACUCAAACAUUUUAUAUUUACCAUCCUUUCAUUAACUUCAACUUAAUUCAUAAAACACUGUUACACAGAAGCUGAAUUAGUAUACUCCCUAAUUUUGCUUAAACAGGAGCUUAAUAUAAUUUGCACUGGAAAUACAUUCAGUAGGACUAUGACUAUAGAUGCAUUGGGAAUGCACAUAGCUGUAUGUGUUAUAUAAUAUGUGUGAUACUAUAUAUUUAAAAUAGCAAGAUCAGUUGGAAAUAGAAUUGAAUCUGUCCUGGAUCAUAGAUCAUAAAACUUAAAACUAAUUACAGGCCAAAUUUAUAAAGUUAAAAAAAUGGAUGAGGAAAUAUUAAAUAACUGAAAUUACGUUUUAGCUCAAUUUUUAUGAUACUUGCAGAACAAAUUAUGUUCACUAUUUUUAUUGUGAUGAUUUAUAACGCUAAUAUAUAUUAAUAGAUAUUGUUUUACAUGCAAUGCUAAUUGAUAUGGUGACACACAUAUUUUUAAAACUAUUAGAAUAUAUAUAAUAUUUAAUUAUGCAUAUCUAAUAAAAUAUAUGCAAUUUGAAUAAUAUAAAAAUAGUAGUUUUGAAAAUAAUUCAAUGCAAAAAGAAGUAAUUUGCUAAAUUCUGAAUCCUCCACAAGCCAUUAAUCAGCUAUUAAUUUCAUUCUCUUGUAUGAACAAAACUAGUUUACAUCAUUUGUUUUACUGAUCUAGAGUUUGGACCAAACCAAAAUACAUUUUAAAUAGCACUAUUUUAAUUGCAUUGAGAUGCAAUAUUUCAAAUAUUUGCAUUCAUUAUAUGUUUACUUGUCAUUUCACCUAGCUGGUGUAUUAUUAUAAAAAUGUUUCUGCAGUUAUUAUCAUAGCAGAGAUACAUAGUAGAUCACACUACUACGGAAGGAAUUAUUUUUAUAUUUGUUUUUCACUGCAACCAAGACACCCAAUUUUGGGGGGGAUGUAAUAAUAAACUAUUUCAAUCCUUUUAGACUUGGUUUUUAUAAGAGCUCUGGAAACUGUUCCAAGCAUCUAGAAUUUAUACUUCCAAUUUUCAAGGAAAGAAGGGCAUCAGAAAAAGGACAUGCAGUACAGGCCAUCCUUCAUCUUGUGCAACCUGUUGGAAUAUGUUUUCUGAGCAUUUUUUUUUUAAGUGUAAGCAUUACUCUUGCUUAUGUGCACACUGAAACUCUCUCAGUGUGUUUGGAAGAUUUUUGCUUUUGUUUUUCCAGUAUGGUACAAGAAACUAUUGAUUUAGGCGCUUGUAGAAAGAAACUGCAUUGAGAAACUAGCACUCAGACAGAAAACAAAAAAUAGUCUUUUGUUUCUCUACAUUAGAAUCCAUUAGGUUCUAUCCAGUAUCAAAAGUUGCUCUGCCUCUCUUCUAUUUGCAUUUUCCAAAUCUGCUUUAAAGUUUUGCUAAUCUACACCAGAUUUGCAGAGCUGCUUUGAGUAGAAUGAAUGCUCAGUGGGUAAUUAUCCUUGAGUCAUAUGCCUGUUAUCAGUGAAAGCAAUGGAGGUUUGCCUACUUGGUGUCAUAUAAUCCUGACCCUUUGUAAUUUGAGUUUAAAAUAAUUAUUGAAGGAUGUUUUAUCGCAAAGUCAUAGCACUUUUAAAAAUUGUCAUUAAGUGAAAACUUUAAUAUGUAUUUUUCUGAAGGUGGACAUUUGAGAUGAUUAUUGUUACCAAGCACACUUAUUUGAAAGCAAAUUAUCUCAGAUUACUGGAAUUUAAAUAUCCAUGCUAAGGAUCUGCAUUUAAAAGAUGUCCUGAAUGGACAGUUGGAUAAAUUGGACUUACGAAUUUUAAUUUAUUUCAAUGGAAUUGAACAUGCAUGACAAUAAGACUAAAAUCUCCUUGCUAUGGGAGAACUAUUAUGGCAACUGACAAACCAUUAAAUAAUACAGUUUCCUUGAAGAUUUAAUUAAAUAAAAUUGUAAAUAAAUAUAGGUAAAAUGAAUUAAAUAAAAGUAAAAAUUGCAAUUUUUAAGUAUGUGUCCAUCGGUGGGUUUUAUUAUCAAAAAUAAUUAGAUAUGUCAUUUAGAGUUCAGUUCAAAUAUGCCAUAUAACAGGAAAAGAGGUUUUUUUAAAAAAAAAAAAAAUCGUAGGACUUGACCAAGCUCUUAAGCACGAUCAAAAUAGUGCUUUGGAUGCUGGCCAUAUUUAUUAGUUUGUAUGAUGUUUAUGUGUUAGUUUCUUACUUUGUUCAGUACAUGUACAGUGUAAUAUAAAAUGUGUAUGUAUGUAUGUAAAAUUAUGUACAGCCAUACUCAUAUAUACCAAAUUUCUAUAUGUUAAAAAAAGAUUUAUAAUUGCAUUGCAAAGCUUGAGCUUCCUACAUUUUAUAUUUUGGUCAAAGCUUGAUAUAAACAUAUGCCUCCCUCUCCUUUUUCUCAGCAGAGUGGACUAUUGUUUUUAAAUCUAGGAUGUAAUUGCACUUUGUCUUAAAAAAUGAAAGAAACUAUCUAAUAGUUCCAAUUUUAUUUGUUAAUAUUCAGAAGCCCAGCUGAAAUUAUAGGGAUUGUGCAGUGACAGUGGUGGUGAACUGUGGACCAUAAACGUUUCUGUAUAUUCUCAAUGCCUGCAAAAGAGGCUUUUUGUAUUUUUCCUGAGCUUUUCUUUUGUGUAGUCGUCUUUUUCAGCAUAUACAUUUUGAUCAUCGUGUAUUUUAAUGUUAUCAGUACAUCCCUUCCAAGUUGCUGAUUAAAAUGAACAAGGCUGUCACAACAAAUGAAUCUAAUUUUAUAUUGUUAGCUGUCUUAUUUAAUGAGCAUAAGGCAAAGCAUAAGGCAUGAAUGUUACUAACUGAUUCAGAUAUAUUUUCAAAGUAAUACUUUCUUGUGGAGAAACUGGCAAAAUAACCAUUUUAGAUGUAAGGUUUUGAAUAGACAAGUGGUACCACUUCAUGCUACCAGUGAAGUCUUGGAGGAUGUUUCAAGUAAGCUCUGAAGGGAAACUAGUGCAUCCCAAAUUUUUGGGUUCACUUUCUAUUACUUUGAUUACUUUCCAGCAUCUAUCUGUAAAAUUGGGGGGGGGGGGGAUGUUAUAUCAUUUGGCCAGAAGUUGCAUAUAAAUCAUUCAGUAGUGCUAUACAAUGGACUCCAUAAAUAUGAUUCUACUAAGAGAUAAGUACUCCUAUAUAUAAGGACACCUAUAGAAGCUCUAUACUGGGAAAUUGUAUUACCGGUAUAUGGAAUAAUAUGCAUUAUUUCUGUCUUUCUUGAAAAUUCAGUUAGUGUGUAGUGCUUGAUGGAAAACUUGCAUGUUUUUUUUCUUUUAAAACAGUUUUUUCUCCAUGCCUUGACAACUACUUCCAAGUGUGAUUAAAGAAGAGUGUUAAAAUCCUGCUCUUGGGCAUUUGAGGAUCAAUUUUCAUGGAGCCAUAUAAAGAAAGAUUAUGAAAAUGAUCACUGCUGAUAAAGUUAUAUAUAGUGUAGCACUUGCCUAACUUGGCACUUAAAAGACUUGAGUUAUAACUGAAAGUCUACAAAAAAUAUCAAAUGAAGUGGGAUGCAAUUCUGAACCCAUUCCUAAAUAUUUUUGAAUUUAUAUUUUUCUAUUUUCUAAUCUACUGUUUUAAUCAUUUUUCUUUGUUUUAAAACCAUUUUUGGUUAAAAGCAUUCAUUUUAAAUUGAAACUAAAAUUCUUUGUUUCAUAGUUACAAUAAUUGGAUUCAUCAGCUAUUCCAUUUAAAAUUGAAUAGAAUUUUCCAUUUCUAUUUCUCUGAAAGGUUAAGAAAAAUAUUAAGAGUUUUUGCUUAUUUGAAAAGCUUGCUUGGAAUAUGUGUAAGAGCGGUAUUUCUCAUUCGCUGGAAGCAGAAAAAAUUGUAGGCAAUCAUCCUGAUUUUGCUGCUCAGACAUGAUAGCUUUACUUUUUGCCAAACCUAUUUACACAAUGCAGUAGCAAAAUCAAAUACAGUAAAAGUAACUUGGUACUUAGAAGUAUGUUACUGAUUUCAUAUUCUGUUCAGUUAAAAAAACAAAACUAAACCAACAGCUGGGUAAGUUUUAUUUGUGUAUUGUCCAAAAGAUAACAGCAUGCAGUACCUUAUUAUUUUUUUUGUAUCCACAGAAUUUAUAUUCUGAAAAGGCUUCCAUAAUUAUGUACUAAGUAUAAUGUAAAGCCAAUGUUCUCAACAGUUUUAUAGUUGAAAAGUAGUACUUAUGUUUACAAUUGUAAGCAUUUGAAAACUCCCUCAAGCAUUAAGCUUGUAUGAAAAUUAAUGUAUUUGCCACAAAAAGAAUUGUGAAAAUCCAGGGUUAUGUUUUAUAGCUCUCUGCUUUGUACUGUUUAUUAAAAAGUCUACUUUUUUUAGUUCAGGUUUACAACCUGCUGCUUCCUCUCAGUUUCUUUUGUGACAUCAGCUUUGAAAAUUUCAUGACAUUUUAGUUUUUUGUUUUUUUUUAAUCUUAACUUUUGGAUCCAAUCAAUGUCUUCGGUUUGGAAGAUAAAUUUGCAUUGUUGUGUGUGUAUAUAGAGAAUUGCAGUGCAUGCUUAUGCAUUUUAUUAAAUGCUGUCUAAAUGUGUCCUUACAUUGUUGUGGCUUAAUGUUGCAGUCUACAAGAAAUUUAUACUAUUACAAUAAAUAAAGACUCUUAUGCAGCUUUUGA